AUGCAAUAUUCUUUGUCAAAUGGAACGUCUAACGUACCGAAAAGCAAAACUAACAAGCUGAGUUUAGGAGCUAUAGUAGAUUACAGCUCUCGUGCUGGGAAAGAAGAAAAAGUCGCUAUUGAGAUGGCAAUCCAGGAUUUUUAUGCUAACAAAAGCCAGCCGGGUCCCAUUCUACUUGUGAAAGACUCUCGUGGGGAUCCUUUCCGAGCAGCCUUUUCUGUGGGUGUUGUUGUGUUGAUGGGUAUUAAUGCAAUUGAAAUUGAAGUAGACCACAAAACAGUUGAAGUGAGAUUGGAUCAUGAAUGUGGUUUUGGAGAUGGGACCCUUAUCAGAAGGCAACAUGUACAAGCUAUUGUUGGCCUGGGAACAUUGCAGGAGUCUGCCUUUGUUGCUGAGCUUGGCAACAAAACUUUGGUCCCUAUUGUUUCUUUGGCGAAUGAGGUUCCGUUUUGGGCCCAUUUUCAUUGGCCUUUUAUGGUUAAUGCGGCACGCAGCCAGUCUGCACAAAUGAAAGUUGUGGCUUUUAUAAUUCAGAGUUGGCGAUGGCGCAGAGUGAACAUCAUUUACGAAGACAUCAGUUCUGCUGUUACUAGUGUUAUUCCAUAUCUUCUCAACUCUCUUCGUGAUGUGAACUCUGAGAUUAGCCAAAUUUUGGCUCUGCCUCCUUUAACUUCAUACAAUUCUUUGUCUAAAGAAUUAAAGCGUCUUAAAAGUGGGCAAUGCAGAGUUUUCAUUGUCCAUACUUCCUUAGCAACAGCCACAAGUAUCUUUGGGGAAGCCAAGAAUUUGGGGAUGAUGGAAAAAGGGUUUGUGUGGAUCACCACCACAGCUACUUCAAAUCUCAUAGAUACACUAAAUGAGUCUCUAAUUUCUUCAAUGCAAGGUGUCCUGGGAGUCAAGAGCUACUUUUCCAAUUCCAGUGAGCAGUUUCAUGAUUUUCAGUCCAGAUUUCAGAUUAUGUUUCAUUCACAGUAUCCUGAUGAACCACAUCCAGAACCAGGGAUUUAUGCCUUGCAGGCCUAUGAUGCUAUGUCAGCUGUGGCACUUGCAAUGGAGAGUAUGUCAAAUUGGAAAACUUCUCCCACAGUUUCAAUGACAGGGCAGGAGCUCUUAAGAAUGAUAUUGAAAAGCAACUUCAAGGGGUUAACUGGUCAGGUUUAUUUUAAAGAUGGCAUCUUGAACCCAGCGCAUAUUUUUGGCAUAGUUAAUGUUGUUGGGAAAAGUUAUAGAGAACUCGGGUACUGGAUCGAGGAAGGGGGCUUCUCUCACAGUGUUGGUGUGCAUAAUAAUUACAAUACGUCAAUGAGGGCUCUAGGACAAGUAUUUUGGCCAGGAGGUCCUUGGGCGGUCCAUGGAGGAUGGGCUGCACCAACAAGUUCCAAGCCGCUACAAAUAGGGGUACCAAUGGGAGAUACCCAUAAGGAAUUUGUGGAUGCUACAUAUGAUGUUCCUGGGGGCACUCUGAAUGUUACAGGUUUUACUAUUGAUGUUUUCAAAGCCACACUCAAGUUGUUACCCUAUCGCCUGCCAUAUAAUUUCACUCCGUAUAAGUUAGGCACCUAUGAUUCCAUGGUGCAGCAAGUUGAUCUGCAGGUCCACUUUCAUGCACUGUAUGUAUUUGCCAAUCUGGAAGGUUCUACUUCUUCCACGACAACUAACUGGUACACUCUGUUGGAGAAGACUUUUGAUGCAGUAGUAGCAGACACAGCCAUUGUGGCCAAUCGUUGCGCAUAUGUAGAGUUCUCUCAACCAUACACUGAUUAUGGGGUCCAGAUGUUAGUGCACAUCAAACAUAAGAGAUCAGAUAGUGCUUGGUUGUUCAAAAAGCCAUUUACAAAAUCAUUGUGUAUGUGCAUACUGGCCAUCAACAUCUAUAAUGGAUUUGUUGUUUGGUUGAUUGAGCGGAAGAAUCAUAAUCCAGAUUUUAGUGGACCUAUAUUGAAGCAAAUAGGAACCAUGUUGCCAUCAGCUUUCAUUACGCUAUUUUCACUAAAGGGUGAUGGAUUGCACAGCAAUUGGUCUCGGAUGGUGAUGGCAGCUUGGCUUUUUGUUGCACUAGUCAUCACUCAAAGUUUCACUGCAAGUCUAACAUCUUUACUUACAAUUCAACAACUUGAUCAGAAUCCAGUUGAUGUUGAGACACUAAAGAACAGUGGAGCGAAAGUUGGGUGUGAUGGAAGCUCCUUUGUUGUGCAAUAUCUGGAAACGGUAAUUGGUUUCCAACGAGAAAAUAUUGUAGGAAUGCAUGCAGGAGAUGACUAUGCUCAAGCCCUUGUUAGUGGAAAGAUAGCUGCAGCAUUUCUUGAGGUUCCAUAUGUCAAAGUUCUUCUUGCCAAAAACUGCAAGGGAUUCGCAACUUCAGGACCGACAUACAAAGUUGGAGGUUUUGGAUUUGUAAGCCUUCUAUGUAUCAUGCCACAGGUUUUCCCAAGGAAUUCUCCAUAUCUUCCUGACAUUUCCCAAGCAGUUCCUUGGGCUUACAAGCUUCAUGGGUCUCUUUCUGAUUACAAACUAGACAACAACCACGACAACAGCAAUGGGACUUACUACAAUCGCAGCAGCAUGAUCCCCAAGCAGACGAACACUGGCUAUUUUCUUCUGAAAUGGAAAAUCAAGGUCACUGGCAUUAGGUUUUCUCAGGAUGGAUCAAUGGAUGGGGCGAUGACAGAUGAUGUGAUCAUAGCAGAAGAAGAUGGAAUGUCUAAAGUAGAUGAUCUAAAAGCUUUUGCCUUGGAAAACAAACUCAUGAGUUUAGGUGGUAUUGUAGAUUGCACCACUCGUGCCGGGAAAGAAGAGAAAGUGGCUAUGAAGAUGGCAAUCCAGGACUUCUACAGCAAUGCUACCCAGCAGCCCAAUCUAUAUGUCAAAGACUCUAAAGGGGAUUCCAUCCGAGCAGCCUCCUCUGGUGAGACCGACAUGAUCCUCUCUUUAAAUUUGUGA